UUAGUGCUCGGACUCCGGUGUGUCCGCUUGUUAUUGCUCAACCGGACUCGUCUCUCAGUGCGAGAAAGACGUUCAUACGGUUCGGGCGUCCUCGUCCGUGCACUCCGAGGCUCCGUACUUCCUCCAUCGUGCACGCUAAAAUCGUGAUUCUCGCCCGAUCCCGUUUCCCAUUGUCCGUGCCUCUCGCGAAGCCUGUGAAACAAAGGGAACGUUUGAGCGCGGUCCACCGGAGCGCGUAAAGUGGAGGGAACGUCACUUUGACCGUUUUACGAGGUUCCACGGUCAUCGAAUGUGUGACAGUGUAAAUUUUAUCAACGUUAACGCGUCUUCCCGAUUCGAUUCGCGUCGUGAAACGCGACGUCAGCUCGUCAAAGUGUCUCGGCUCUGUGAUUCUCCGUCCAAGUAGAACCGAGGACGCCAAGAAAAAUCUUAAUAAACGUCAGCCCGAGUGUGUACAGGUCAGCGGAUGAUCAAAGCGUGAAAAAAUGUAUUAUCGUUGAGAUUCCAAGCUAGAAGCAUAUUUCUUGAGGAUUCUUCUUGGGGACAUUCAAACAGGACAACAUGGAGAACAAGAACGAUCCGAAACAGAGGGAGAAGAUCAAGAAGAUGUUCAGCUGGAGCGACGGGCUGACCGCUGACGGGACAGUAGGAGGUGGUGGUGGUGGCCUGGCGAGCUCAGACGACAUGCAGAACAAUUCGGACAGCACUCUGGACAUGACGAUGGCCACCAACACGGUGCUAGCCACGCCGGGGUUGAACAACCCCGCGUGGAACCGGCAGCAAGCGGUCAGCGUCAGGCACGCCUUCAAAACAUACGGAAGCAGCAAGAAUCCUAAUCACGUUAUCCAGAAUCACAUGACCGUGGCCAAGGGAUCCAUUUAUGGAUUGCUCGGAGCCAGCGGAUGCGGCAAGACCACUCUGCUAUCUUGCAUCGUCGGUCGAAGGAGAUUGAACUCCGGCGAGAUCUGGGUCCUCGGUGGCAAGCCGGGAACCAAAGGGUCCGGAGUACCUGGAAAGAGGGUCGGCUACAUGCCACAGGAGAUUGCGCUCUACGGCGAGUUCACGAUCCGCGAGACCAUGAUGUACUUCGGCUGGAUCUUCGGCAUGUGCACCAGCGAAAUCGCCGACAGACUUCGAUUCCUCUUGCAAUUCUUGGAUCUGCCUUCCCAGAACCGACUGGUAAAAAAUCUUAGCGGUGGCCAGCAGCGACGAGUGUCAUUCGCGGUAGCCCUGAUGCACGAUCCGGAGCUUCUGAUCCUGGACGAGCCCACCGUAGGCGUAGAUCCUCUGCUCCGGCAAAGCAUCUGGAACCAUUUGGUCCAAAUCACGAAGGAUGGUAACAAAACGGUGAUUAUAACUACGCAUUACAUCGAGGAGGCUCGGCAAGCGCACACGAUUGGUUUGAUGAGAAGCGGUCGUUUAUUAGCCGAGGAGUCGCCUAGGGCUCUCCUGACGAUGUACAACUGCCCUUCCCUCGAGGACGUUUUCCUGAAACUCUCCCGGAAGCAGGGACAGUAUGCUCAACCUCCCACAGAAUUGAACAUCUCGAAUAACAUAAGUUUGGCCUCUCUGAACUGGGGCAAGAAGAACGAACCGGUGUACGUGACGGAGGAGUCGGGUGUCGUGGGAUUGAACUUCCACCAAAGCAAAGAAGUCCUCAUUCACGACUCGACGAACGGUGUCGGGAACCACUACGAUAUGAACGGGAAGCCGCUGUCCGGAGUCAAGAAUACCUCGACUCUGGAAUGCGACGACUGCGGCGACUUCACGGAUUGUUACAAGAUAACUAACAGCGGAAAAAUGAAGGCUCUCCUGCAGAAGAACUUCUUACGUAUGUGGAGAAACGUUGGAGUGAUGUUGUUCAUCUUCGCACUGCCGGUGAUGCAGGUGAUCCUCUUCUGUCUAGCCAUCGGUAGGGAUCCUACAGGAUUGAAAUUGGCCAUCGUCAACCACGAGAUGUUCUACGAGAAUAUGUCUUGUCCCGUUACCACGGACUGCACGUUCUCGCAACUCAGUUGUCGGUACCUCAAUUUCUUGGACAACGACACGAUGAUAAAAGUUUAUUAUCCCGAUCCGACCACUGCGAUGGACGCUGUGAGGAGGGGAGACGCUUGGGGGACUCUGUAUUUUACUGAGAACUUCACGGAUGCCCUUGUUGCGAGGAUGGCCCUUGGAAGGGAUGCUGACGACGAGACCUUGGACCAGAGCGAGAUCAGGGUCUGGCUAGACAUGUCCAAUCAGCAAGUGGGCUUGAUGCUAGCCAGGAAUCUUCAGUAUUCGUACAGGGACUUUGCCAAAGAUCUUCUCACUUCCUGUAAGCAGAACUCGAAGCUAGCCGACGUUCCGAUACAAUUUAAGGAUCCAAUCUACGGUACUAACGAGCCCAGCUUCACAGAUUUUGUCGCGCCAGGAGUAAUCUUAACGAUCGUAUUCUUCUUGGCGGUGGCUCUUACAUCUUCCGUUCUGAUCAUCGAGAGGAUGGAGGGUCUUCUGGACAGGAGCUGGGUAGCUGGCGUUUCUCCAGGGGAGAUCCUCUUCUCCCACGUUAUCACCCAGUUUGUGGUGAUGUGUGGUCAAACCGCAUUGGUGCUCAUCUUCAUGAUCCUGGUCUUCGGCGUCGAGUGCAAGGGCGACAUCGGUUGGGUAAUCGUGCUGACGAUACUUCAGGGUCUCUGCGGCAUGUGCUUCGGGUUUGUAAUUUCAGCGAUUUGCGAACUCGAGAGGAAUGCGAUUCAGCUGGCUCUGGGCAGUUUCUAUCCAACGCUUCUGUUAAGCGGGGUGAUUUGGCCGGUGGAGGGUAUGCCGACGUUCCUCCGGUACAUAUCGCAAGGUCUGCCGUUGACGAUGGCAACGACGUCGCUGCGUUCGAUGCUGACCCGCGGCUGGACGAUCUCGGAACCAGACGUGUACAACGGUUUCAUCGCGACCAUUAUCUGGAUCGUGCUCUUCCUGACGAUCAGCAUGAUGGUGCUCAAGUUCAAGCGCGGAUAGAACCUGACCGUGGCGUUGCCGUUCGGUUGCCACGUGAAAAUGAAACAGCGGAGAGCUAAAGACGAAUUGCCAGCACCGGUCGAACUGACGAUCGUCGACGGGAGUUCGAGGCGGGACGAAAACGCUUCCGAAGAUUCCUCGGGACGCGCGUGAACCUCCGGAUUACACAUGUGAUGCCCCUUCUGUGCGCUUAAAAACGUCUCUUUGGUGACUGAUGAAAGAGAGAGAACGAAUGAAUGAACUUGUGAGCGUGUCGUUUCUCUUCGAUCUUCCUUCUGUUUCUUUUUUUUUUUUAUUAAUCUAGCCGAACGUUUGUAAUAUAACACGCGUUUUACCGCGGAUCUGAGAAGUACGAAGCGUCUCGUACAAUAAUCGGGUGGAACGUCGUAUGUACAGAGACAGGCUCGACGAGACGGUCUUUACUUUGGACUCUGAUAAAUUCAGCGUCCCAAAUAUUUUUUUAUAAACGGGACUACGAGUGUAGAGAGCGGAUAAGUUAAACGAAUAACGAAUUAGGAUGUAGGACAGUGUUACUUGCCCAUGACUUAAGUGUACGUUUUUAUUUAAUCUUAGGCGACGACACGUUUUAAAACCAGUAACGAGUAACGUGCUCGGGAGCCUUGUAUAAAGGUAAAAGAAAAUUUUCAAACGAGACAACUACCGGGAGGAUAUAUUAAUUCGGUGUUAAUCAAUAAGCUAGCGUGGAACGCGAUUCUAGGAUGCUGGAGGAGCGAAUAAUGUACCAUAUUGUAGCAUACGAAUCUAGCGAUUACAUUUUAUACAAUAUCGAUCUAUCUCAUUACUUAAACAACAAAAAAAGAGCGUUUAGCCUGUAUAAAAGCUACGCAGCGUGGAUGGAUAGGAUGGAAUAUGUAAAGAGAGAAUCGAAAACGGUUCAUGUGUUUCCGUUUUACUUCCUGUAUAAAAAAGUGUCUUGAAAAAAAAAAAAAUACAAAAUAUUUCGGACUUCUAUCA